AUGGGAUGGCAAGAGCAAAUACCUCAUAAACGAAAGCCAAAGCAUAAAAGUGUGAUUACCCUUGAAGACUACAAGCAUAGGGAGAUUAUGGCAGUGGCAACUUGGAUGUUUUGGAUGGAGCUUGGCCCAGAGGCACUUUGGUAUAAGGUGACACUAGGAAAAGAGUUUUCUUUUAGACUUAUGAUUUGUGUAAAUUUCCUCACUUUUGAACUUGUAAUAAACUUGGAAUUUUGUAGUUUUAACUUGGGAUUUGAAUCAUGGAUUGAUAGUUGA